UAGUGAGCCUAGCACGUCAUUGAUCUGUCCAUUACACUCAUCCAUCAUGACGACCGACAAAGCUUUACACACAUCGUCCCCCGAGGUCACGCCGACCAUGACUUACGAUUCGAACAAGCCCGACCGCGCCUGCGACAAAGACCUGGAUGACGACAAGGCCCUAUCAGGGCAUCACUUUACGGUCCAAGGCAACGCCGCUAGCAACGUUCCGCCCAUCCAUGAUCCUCUCAUCGCGGGAGUCGCCAAGAUAUCCACCUUUCGUCAAGUCUUCUCCACCAAGAAGCUGGUCUGGUCGUUCUGGAUCGCGUUUGCCUUUUGGGCGUUUGCGAUCGCCCUCAGUCAGGAUACUACCUUUGUGUACCUCGCCUUUGCAACCUCCUCCUUCACAUCCAACUCCCUGCUUUCCACCAUCGCCCUCCUCUGCUCCAUCAUGACGGGCGUGAUCAACCCCUUCUGGGCAAAACUAGCCGACUUGAGCGCCCGCUCGUAUUGUCUUCUAGCCAGCGUCUUGUUGUACGCUAUCGGAUACGCUUGUAGCGCCGGAGCGCCCAAUGUGGAGACGCUUGCUGCGGGCCAGGUCAUCUAUACUAUCGGUAACUCGGGCUUGGGGUUCCUUCAGACACUGAUCGUCUCGGACAUUACCAGUCUACAAUACCGCGGACUCGUCCUGGGCGGUAUAUCCCUCGUCUAUGUCCCUUUCGCCUUUGUGACUGGUGAUAUCACUACCGCGGUCGGGUUGACCAAUUGGAGAUGGGGUUACGGGAUGUUUUGCAUCAUCAUGCCCGUCUGCCUUACACCCAUCCUUAUCAUGCUGUUCUGGGCUGAUCAUAAGGCUAAAGGGAUCUCAAAGGUAGCGCACACAGCUACGGCCGAGCCUCAUCUCGCCCGUCCCUCACUUGUUCAACGCAUCGUCCGCUUCUUUCUGGUCAUCGAUGCUGUCGGGUUGAUCCUCCUCGGCACGACCUUUGCCCUCCUACUCAGUCCGCCUACCUUGGUCUACGGUGCUGAUAAUGGCUGGAAGAACCCAUCGAUGAUCGCCAUGAUCGUCGUCGGAGGCUGUCUCCUGCCCGUCUUUUGCGCUUGGGAAUGGUUCGGCGCAAAGCACCCUAUCAUGCCACGCAGCAUGUGGAACAAGACCUUUCUCAUCAGCGUCUUCAUCAAUUUCGUCAACUUUAUCGUCUCCACCCUACACAACACGUACUGGAACAGCUGGGUUUGGGUCAUUCAGGAUUACAACACGCGCAAUUACACCUAUAUGACCCAGAUCGAGACGGUGACGCUUUGCACGUUUGCCAUCGUCGGAGGCGCCAUCCAGCGAUACACCCACCGCUACAAGUACUUGCAGAUCUUUGCACUCUGCUUGCGAAUCCUCGGAGCCGGGAUCACCUACUACUCGAGUCUAGGGCAUACGAGCACCGUCUGCCUGUUCUUUGGCAAAUUCCUCAUCACGGUCGGCAACUCGUGGUCGAUCAUCGGAUCUACCGUCGCUGCCCACGCUUCGGUCAAGCACAAAGAUCUCGGUAUCGCCAUCGCCGUCUUAUCCCUCUGGAGCUCGAUCGGGGGAAGUAUCGGCUCAUCGAUCGCGGGCGCCAUCUGGCCUUAUCGCCUGGUCGACUACCUCACCCAGACAACCCAGUUGGACCCUCUCAGCAUCGCCACGGUCGCUGGGGACAUCUACUCUGCUCGAUACGAAGGAGUCGACCCCGCUCCUGGAGUGCGCGAGGCUUACAACCUCAGCUACAAGCGACUCUGCCUUAUCGCGCUUCCCCUUACCUUCAUUCCUCUCUUCGCGGCUUUCUUCAGCGAAGAUUACGUGCUCGACGAUCGACACAACACGAUGGAGGACGAAAAGCACGGUCAUGCGGCUGAGGGAGCCGAACAGAAGGAGGAUUAUGGGAUCGCGGAGGGACGUCGAGGGAGGAGCGACAAGGUCUGAUUUCUGACAUUGCUUGGGGCGGUCACGCCUUGAGCGCUCUGCUACAUGUUCGUCAUCAUCAUAUAGAUUUUCAGUGUCGUUUGGCUACUUGGUUCAAGAGGUUGGGAGUUUGAUAAACAAUCUAUCGAUUCUUGAUGUUGAAACACGUUGAAGCGGUCCGUACCACUUGUAUCGGGGACCGCGUUAUCAUC